UGCGUCUACCCUCCGCUUCCAUAAUCAAUAGUGCAAUAACAGCCUGUUGGGUCGCAGUUAUUUUCGCGUAUCACAGAGGAAUAUUUUUCUUAUUAUUCGUUGCUUAAAGUAUUCAAGGUGUCGGUGUCAAGUAGUGUUUUACCGGGCGCCAUAACCAUGAAGAUUUUGGCAGCUGAGGGUCCAGACAUAACUCCCAUAGAAUCCUCUGGCGAAUGGCACAGCGCAACGUUUUGGGUUCUUGUAGUAGGUGCGACUUUGUUAGCGGUCAUCUUAGCCGCCGUCGCUUGCUGGGUGGCUCGGAGGAGAUCUUCGCUUGCUCACAAACUUGGUGGAAAGCGAGGCCCCGACAAGGCGCUGGUGUUCCAGCCACCCCGUCGUGCGACAGCCGUUCGAUCGCCUGGCUCAGCUACACACUACCUACGCAAGUCGCCUUCGCCAACAGCCGCUGGCCCGCCGCAACCGCAACCCACGUCUCCCCCACGUCCGCAUACACCCAACCCGCCGUCAGCAGCUACGACCCCUCACACUCCAACUGCUCCUAAUGAGCCGACGCCCCUCAGCAAGGAACUAGCGGAUGUCCACGCCACGGAGAAGGUCAAACCUCUGGAGCCUGAAAGCAAUGAUGGAAAACUUGGAGAUCUGCACUUCAAGCUGUGGUAUGAAAAUGUAAAGAGCGCUUUGGUGGUGUCAGUGGUUUCCUGCCAGAACUUACCAGGUCGUGAACCUGCCGGUCCCGACCCCUAUGUCAAACUACAACUUCUUCCUGAGAAACAGCACAAGGUCAAAACUAGAGUGGUGCGCAAAACCCGUUGUCCUGUGUACGAUGAGGACUUUACGUUCUAUGGAAUCGCUCCGCAUCAGCUCACUGGCAUUACUUUGCACUUUGUUGUUCUUAGCUUUGACAGAUAUUCCCGUGACGAGAUAAUAGGCGAAGUGGUCUCUCCAUUGUCCACCCUUCAAUUGCAGAGUGGUGAAGCUAUGGCGCUGUGCAGGGAGAUACAGCCUCGUAGUCUUAAGAUGCGAAGCGUGGGUCGUGGCGAAGUGUUGGUAUCCCUGUGCUGGCAACCGGCCGCCGCAAGACUCACUGUGGUACUGCUGAAGGCACGCAAUCUGCCCAAGAUGGACGUCACUGGACUCGCUGAUCCAUACGUAAAAAUGUACCUGCUAUACAACGGACAGCGCAUCGCGAAGAAGAAGACACACGUGAAGAAGCGAACCUUGAACCCUGUGUUCAAUGAGUCGUUCGUGUUCGAAGUACCCGCUGCACCAAACGCUACACUGGACCACGUCUCGCUAGAACUGCUUGUGUUGGAUUGGGACCGCGUCACUAAGAAUGAGGUGAUCGGUCGCGUAGAACUCGGGGCUAAUGGAACAGGCAGCGCCCGGCACCACUGGCGCGAAGUGCAGGCCGCACCUCGGCGACAGAUCGCUGACUGGCACAAGCUUAAGGAGUAAAGGGCGGCUAUAAAUAAAAUUCUUCACUAUUCAAUUGUUUUGAUUUUAUUUACAGUGUGGGCAAUCGCUUGGUUUGGAUACAAUAGUUUUUUUAAGACGCGUCUUCAUCUGGGAAAACAGCCUUGCGAUUCUGUCACUUACUUUUCGAACAAUACCCUACAAGCUCCCUCCUUAUCAGAAUGCAAAAUCGUAAAAUGACUGCUUUAGGACUGAUUCGAGUGCGACCGCCGCGGCCGCUGUGAAAACCGCUGUCUGAGUUACAGAAUCGCAAGGCAGUAUGUAUAAACGAAAUAUGUUUCUAUCAGGACGCUUCAAGGGUUAAAGCAUAAAACAAAAACUUUUUUUAUAUUAAUAAAGAAUGUUUGAUUGGAAUAAGUAUAUAAAUAUAUUAGAUAGGUACAUUUAGAUUGUAAUUUAUUCAAGAUAAAUGUCUAACAGUAUUAACGCAUCAAAAAUUGUAAUCAUCAAAAGUCAAUUGCCUCACAAAAUAAUUCCCAUGACGCAGUAUAUUUGACUAUUAAGAGCCGAUCCUCGGCAUACAACAAUUUACAGUUUAUUGUCGGCCCGAAUUUAACAUGUAUGCUUUCUUUAACACAUUUAUCACAAAAUUAAAAAAAAACCAGUUAGUGCUUUAGCCCUUGCUCAGUAAAGGAAAUGGGAAAUAAAAUAUCAACAACCGCUAUUUUCCGAGUGAUUAAUUUACCUCUUUAUACUUUAAAGCCUUUGUAAAUAGUUGCUAAUGAUUUAGGCUUUUCAAAAGCUUAAAUUUUUCUAUAUUUCCUUUCUUAAUAAAAUGUAGUUAAUAGAAAUUGAUGUUUAUACGAAAUUAUCACUUAGUAUUAAUUCGGCCAAAACCUUAUCAUUAUUGCAACGAAAAGAGAGUUUUUUUGUUAAAAACCAAGACCAUAGGUUUUUCGAAGAAUUAUCAGGUGUUAGGUUAAUUUUUGAAAGCGCACAUUUCAUUCCGAUCACACAAGGCGCUCUCAAGGUACAAUAAAUUGAAAAAAUCACUAAUUUAUUUCGUAACUGAAACGCCGUUCAUAAGUUCUUAAUCAUCAUAUCUAGUCAUACUCAAGUAAAUUAUAAAUAGAAUAGAAAAGUCUAUUUUAUACUUAUAGAGAUAUUAAUGUUAGCAUAAGUAACUCGUAAGAGUUUUUGGUCACGUGUACCUUAAUGUCUAGCAAUUCACAAUAGAUCGCUUUGCCCCCGACCACCGUAGUUCAUCCUGAAUAGUCUUUGCGAAAAUUGUUGGGUUAAAUAACUUACACAAGCUUUGAAGUUACUUCUACAUUGGUCUACCUAUAUAUGAAAUAUAUAAAAUAAAUAUUAUAUUAGAUUAGUUUUGUUUUAAGACCAUAUAAUUCGUAGUAAGACCGUUAACACGUAUUCAUUACAGUCGCAUAUUGUGAGCCAAUAUUGAUUUUGAAAAUGAUAAAAAAUCGUACGUCGUUGCGUCAAAUAUUAGAUAUUAUACAAUAUUAUAUUAAUAUGAUCAUGUUUAAUACUUUUUCAAUCUAUGGUAGUGAUGAUUCAUAUGUUAUCUGAGAACGGAUCUCAUUUUGGAUAUUACACUCAACAAAGUUUGCAUAGACUAACUAGAUAUAAUUCAUAUUAAUGUAACCAUAAGGUAAGAUAAUACCAUAAUACCAAUUUUCCAUUUACCCACCUUACUCUAUAUAAGAUAUUAUAAUUAUAAUCCAUAAAGUCAUAAUGCAAAAAGUUAUUUUUGCGACUUGUGGUCGUGUCACAAUUUGUGAUUUUGCUUUGCAAUAUAUUAUUUUUCAACAUCGAAACAGCUGUCAUUGUUUCUUAUUACUCUAAGUUGACAGUCUUGGAUUAUAUUUGGAUUGUUAAAAAUGAAUAUUUGUAUAUAUUAUCUAUCCAUACCGAUACAUUCCAAUUUGUAUAUAAGUCGUUUUGAUCUCGAUAAUUUCAUUGUAAUCGUAGUAAUAAAUGUCUUUAGUAUUAAUUUUUUUGUUGUAUUUCGUAUUGUGGUAGAUGUAAUCACGAUUUUGUUCGAAUAUACGAUAUGCCAAGUUAUUAAGAGAUAAAAAAACUGUCAUCUACGUGAUUCUAUUGAUUUGUUAUUGUUUUAUGAAUUUUUUUUUGAAAAUUCUUAAUCUCAUGGCAAAUCACAAACAAGGAGCGUAAAGCCUUAGGAUCUAUCAUACGUAAAUAUUACAAAUUGUCAUAGUUCCUUUAUUUUAAAGUUUUAGUAAUCUCUUGCAUUAUUACUAAAGAUUAAUUUUUAUCAUACUUAACUGAAGUUUUGUUAAAGUUCCUAUAAAUACUUACAUAUGUCUAUUUAAGCCAGUUAUCUACUUUGUUUUUAAAUUAAAUUAUUUUUCCGAGACAGGAGCAAUAAAAAUCUCUUAAUCGUUUUUUGAUAAAACCUAAGGUUUUAGGAGGCCAGCAGUCCGGUAUCAGUUUUUGUAUACUAAGGAAUUUUAGUGAAUAAAUUAUUGACUGGUGCUUUCACAAUAA